GUGGAGAGUUUUAAUGCAGCGUGGAGCGCGUGCACUCUCUCUCUCUUUCUCUCUCUCUCUCUUUCUCUCUCUGUUUUCACAUUUCUGUCGUGUUUCAGGCCAGAAGGCCAGUCGGAAUCUUGCGGAUACCAUCUUUAAGUGCAGUCUCUGCUGUGCUGAAACAUCUGCUGCGGUGUGUUUGUUAACUUCAAAGCAGAGGAAAGGAAACAAUGCGGGAUUGUUGCAUGCUCUAAUUUCCACCAAACAGAGUGAAGAGAAGAAGAGAGAGAAAAAAGGGGAAUGGUGGAGUUUCAGGAAGUCAGGAUUCCACUUUUAGGCACGAAGAUCUAUCAGUGACUGAUGCCAUGAAGCUAAAUCCAAAGCAAGCUCCGUUAUAUGGCGAGUGUGUGUUGACGGUGCAGCUCAGUGAGGAGGAGUGUGUGGAGGAUGAGGAGGAUGUGGAGUUUUACCUGCUGUUCUCCGGCAGCACGCAGAGACACCUGACCACCACACUGAGGCUCAGUCAUGUGACCCUGCAGGCUGUGUGUCCAGCUCAUGAUCGUGAUGAGGCGGUUCGGGUCACGCUGUGUCAGGCACGACCCGGCGGUUCUGUUGACCCGGUGGCGGAGGAGCGGUUCCAGUUUGUCCACGAUCUGGCUCUGGACAUGGCUCGCUUCCUGAUUAGCGCCGCGGCUCACAGGGACGGCCUGGAGGGGGCGCUGCUGCUCGCAGACUCACACAUCCCUGUACAGGAGUGCGAGAGACUGGACGAGACGCUAACGCUAGCGCUGAGGCACCUCCCACUACCGCCCGGGUGGAGUGUACUGGGCCCCGACAUCAACACACACUCCCCGACAGAUUUCAGUCCUCAUGAGACGUUGCUGCACUUUGCGGCUCGCCGAGGUCUCCGGAGAGUCGCUCUGUUCCUCCUGCAGCAACCCGGAGGACGAGACGCCCUGCAGCUCGCCAACAAACACGGACACACACCUGCCCGAGUGGCGCAGAACAAAGGACACACACAGCUACAGCACCUGCUCUCAGAGCUUGAGAAAUCACCGCACCUUGAAACAAAAGCACCCAGACGUUGUUACCCAGCAGGCCGAGCGUUCCUGCACCACCCGAGGCUGAACACCUUCACGCUGACGGUGGAGAACGAGGCAGACGGAGAACCUCCGGACCUGAGGAGAGACGUGGAGGAGCUCCGCCGCUACGCCCACUCUCACUGCCACAACCAGGGAGGAUCUUGGAAGCAGCUACAAUCCUUUCCCCUGAUCCUGAGCCGGGAUUUCGUUGGCGAUCUGCAGACGGUUGCGGUGACUCCCUCUGAAGACCCCUCCCUCCAAAAACCACCGGCGCACGAACAUCAGGAAGUCGACGCUGAGACGGAAAGCAGCGAGCACGCUGAGUGCAUGAAUGGCAGCGCCCAAUCAGAGGGGAGUGACGUGCCGGCGUCCAGUGGAAGCUCGGAUUCUGGGAAGCGGACUUUGGGAUUAGAGGGUGAGGGAGCGUGUGCGGGAAAGCGGGAGGACCGUGUGGCUGUCAGCACCGUUUCCUGUGGAGAGCAGCAGCAGGAGGAAGUAGAUAGCGAGCCGAGAGUAAUCAGGGAGGCGCCUCAUACACAGAGGGGCCACACUGUAUCCGAGACAAAGACGCACAAUAAAAUCCAAUCUGGCAACACGCAGGAGGGAACGAUGGGUCAAACCCAAGGACUCCUCCCCGAGAAAGAAGAAAAGAACAAGGCGAGAGGGGACUUACCAGAGGAAAGGGAAGGAGAGCGUAACUCCGGGCAGGAAACCUCUUUGCCGAGUGGCAGCACACAGCCACUUGAUGGACAAACGAACAGCGAGAAACGCUCCUGUUUUUACUUAAAUUUGGAUGUUAAUGCCUCGGAAAAAGGGAAGGAGAUCCAGGAAACAGGAACCAGCAACGAACGGAUAUACGAGUCUACUGGCUGCACAAAACGGGAUCAAGACAUCAGUGAAGAUUUGGAUUCUUUAAGUUUCAGACCCAACAUGGCUCCAGGGCCGGUCCACAACGUACGUCUCGAACCGUCUCCAGUCGUCAAACAGUCGCCUGAUGCAGCCGCCGGCGAUGAAAUCGACGCUCCGCCAGAAACAGCGUCCGAAUGCUCAGAACAGGCGAGUUCAGAUUCCAUAAAAGAACCACCACCUUGUGAUGAUGUCACUGAUGCCCCAGGACAACCUGACAGAUUAGAGCUUGAUGUUUCUCUCACGACUGAGGAAAGUGGUGGAAAAAUCAGCGUUGACGAGACAUUACAUCCUGAGACAGAGGAAAGUUCCUCACCAGAAUCGAAAAGCGAUGUCCAACCCAUCAUAUCUCCAGAAAUAUCAGAAGAAAUUUCUCAAAUACUUACCAAGUCCCCUUGUGGAGGUGAGGAAGUGUCUCAGGAACAUAGUGAGCCACAAUCUGAUGCCACAGAUGCUCAGAUCAUGGGUAUCAUGGACCAGAACCUAGAUCCAGUAAGAUCAGCCCUGUUUUUGGACCAAAUUUCAACAGUUCCUCCAGGAUUAAUGGUGUCUGAUUCCAACCCUGAAGAAACAGGAAGUGGUUUAGAAUCAAAACUUGAACGGGAUCCACUAACAUUUCAAACACCUCCAGAGUCACCCUGUGAGUUUUUUUCAGUAGAUGGUUUCAUCAGAACAAGCGAUUCCAUUGAAGCAACAUGUGCAGCUUCUUCGGAACUUGGCCAUUCUGCAGGUUCAGGAGAGACCAUGCAGGAGGGUGAGAAGGUGGAAACAGAGCUGCUUGAGAUGCGUGACAACUCUAAAACAUCACCUCUAACAAUACUUUGUGGUUCUUUUUCCAAACUAACCAUCAGGGGCAGUCCCCUUGAUCCUCAGCUUGACGGCACAACCUCAGAGACCAUCAAGAGAAUAUCAACAAGUGCACUUGCUGGCGAUUCUGAAACCUCCAAUACACAUCCUUCAGAGACGGAGAAGACAGAGAUGCAGGAGACCAAGGAGGAGGAUAUGAAGUUAGAACCAAAUUUCAUUGAGAAGUGUGAGAGAUCAGAGACAUCACAGAUAGUAAGUAAUAUGACUGCAGCACCACCACAUGAUUCUGUAUCUCAGGAGAACCUUAGAGAAACAGCAAUGAUUGGAUAUGCUGUAGGUUCUGAAACACCAAAUGACCAACCUCCAGAAUCUAAGGAUGUUCAGGAGGAGUGGAUGAAGAUGCCUACAGAGCUUGGUGAGAACCCAGAAAUUUCUUCACUGUCAUGUAAAACAUUACCUCUGUCCACUUCUUUCUCCAAGAGCAUCACUGACCCACAUUCUGAGGUCGUAACCCUUGAGGAGGGUAACAACCAAACAUCUGAAGACACACAGCCUGAGCUUACGACCGCUACAGAGACAAUUGUAAAAACAUCUCUCGACCCACAUCUGGAAGUUAGCAACUUUGUGGAAACCAUGCUAGAACAACAUGAGGUCAUGACCUUUGAGGAGAGCAUUAGUGGAACAUCUCUUGACCUCUGUCCUGAUCUCAUCACAUCCUCUGAAGAGACAACUGUAGGAACAUCUCUUGACCCACUUCCCGAGGUUAAAAUCUCUGAGGAGAGCUUUCAAGGUGAACAACUUAAGGUCGUGAUCUCAGAGGAGAGCAUUAGUGGAACAUCUCUGGGCUGCAAUCAUGAUUUCACAUCUUCUGUGGAGAUAAUUGGAGAAGCAUCUCUUGGUCCGCUUCUUGAGGUUAACAGCCCUGAAGAAAGCGUCGAAGUCCAACAACUUGAGAAGAGCAGAAAUGACCUUUUUGACCCCAAAUAUGAGGUCACGACCUUUGAAGAGAGCAUUAGAGGAACUCUUGACUUCCAUCAUGAGCGUAUCAUGCCGUCUGAAAUGACAGUCAGAGAAACGUCUUUUAGCCCGCUUCCUGAGGUUAACAGCUCUGAGGAGAAUGUUGUACACCAACAACUUGAGGUCAUGACUUCUGAGGAGAGCCUUAGAGGAACAUUUCUUGGCCCCAAUCAUGAUCUUACCAUGACUUUUGAAGAACCAAUUGGAAUAAUGUCUCUUGGACCCUGUUCUGAGGUUAACAGCUUUGAGGAAAAUAUUCUAGACCAAGAACCGGAGGCCACAGCCUGUGAGAAGAGCAAAAAUGCAGCAUCUCAAGACCCCAAAGUUGAGGUCACGAUCUCAGAGAAGAGCAUUCGAGGCCCACAUCAUGAGGUGACGAUUGGAGAAACAUCGCUUGACCAGCAACCUGAGCUCACAGCCUUUGAGGACAGCAUUAGAGAAACAGCUUAUCACACUCAGCUUGAGGAGACAACCUGUGAGGAAAACCUCGAGAAAUCUCUGGAACCUUCACCUGGGGUCAUGAGCUCUCAGGUGGAUACCUGUCUUCCUGAAGCUCCAGUGCAGAGAGAGACUGCAAUUCUGGACACUCCCGUUUCCGGUAACGAUUCAGGUUUGGCUUUGGAGAACGUUUCCACCUCUGGCUCACUCAGGAUGUCCGACCAGUCAAUGGAUCUGAGCUCCGUUAUGGAUCUGGAUAGCGGUACCGGCGUAGAUAUAGAUGCCAGCUCCCCUGUGGAAGUGGAAAGUGGUUUGAUCCAGGAUUUGUCACCUUUGGACAAUGUUGGAGUUUGUGAAGUUGGAACUCUGGAUGAGGAGAAAAGUCAGACGGAGCAGGAAUGUGGAGAGGAACCGAAGGAGGAACAAGUAGCAGGUGACGAUGGUUGUUCUGAGAGCGAGUUAACACACAAGGAUCAGUGCAGUGAGAUCCACCGGGAGGCGGAGGAGGAGGUGUUGUACUCUCUGGAGUCUGAAGCUCUGAAGCAGGAGUGCGGUAAAGAAAACCCAGAAACAGAUGUUCCGGUUGCGAGUGUGUGUCGGUCCGUAUCUGCGACCUCGCUGCCCGGGUCCGAGUCCGUCAGUGAUGGAGACUCGCUGUUGGGCCCAGACACGACGGACGACACCGUCUUCAAGCAGAGCGAGGACACGCUCACCCUCACCAGUGGAAUUUCCAUGACUGGAUCCGUUUCUACAGACGACUCGUCCAUCACACACACUGUAGGAGAAACUGAGGAAGAGGAGAAGAAAGAUCGUCUGACGGAGGUUCUAGAGCGUUCCGCUAUUCUUCGCUCUACCAGCCGUUCUCAAUCUCCAUCCCGGAGACACAGCUGGGGGCCGAGCAAGAAUAACACCGGAGAGACGGACAUGGGCCAGCGCAGUGUGGUGCAGGCUGCGGAGGGAGAAAAGCCAGCGGGUCACAGGAGAAGUAUGAGCUGGUGUCCAUCACACGUUCCUCGCACUGAGAUGGAUGAAAUGAACUCCAGAAGUUACAGUCUGGAAGGUUUGGCUGCUGAGGAUGAGGUGAAGAUGCCGAGCGUACGACAUUCCACACACUCAUCCACGACGGAGAGAGAGGAGAGAGGAUCACUCGCUUCUCUCACUGAGGAGGAGAACGAGAGCAACGCGGGGGAUAACAGCAGCUUAGACAGCCAGAGAUCGGUUCAGGACGUUGGAUGCGGUUUCGUUCCUCCUCCUCACACACUCACCAAAUCCGUGUCCAUGUCAGCGAUCAGCCCGAGAGACCUGGACGCGAUUGGACGAGCUCGACCCAAGCGGCGAAUCAGCUUCUCCUUCAGCGUGUCGCCCCGCCUCCCCAAACCUAAACCUCUAUUCGCUUUCGGCUCUUCAUCCAGUGAUGAAGAGGGGGCUGGAAACUUGACUUGUGCAGCGGCAGGAUCGCAGGAGUGCAGUAUAUCGGAGGAAGACCCCGCCCCGUUGAGGAGCGACUUGGAAGUCAGAGGGACGAAAGUGAGCCGCACCUUCAGCUACCUCAAGAGCAAGAUGAGCAAGAAGAGCAAGGAAAAAGACCGUGACAAGAAUAAAGAUGGUAAAGAGAAGGAGAAGAAGAGCUCCAAUGGUCACCUGUUUAGCUCCACCCUAACCCCGCCCCCAAGCCCCUGCCUACAAUGCAACCGACCAAUCAGCACGAAGGAUGCUUUCACCUGCACAAACUGCAAUGUUCACGUCCAUAAAGGCUGCAGAGACGGACUCCCCGUGUGCGCUAAAGUCAAGAUGAAGCAGCAAACGGUCACUGAUUCAGCUCCUCCACCCGGAGUUCUCUCACGAGGCAAAUCCGCAUCGGCGCGAGAGCGUCCCUGGUCCACUUUCUUGCUCCCUGAAGACCAGGCGCCGCUUCCUGUCCCUCCUCCCCGGAAAAACCCCACCAUCAUGCCCUUUAACAGCGGCUCUCUGUCCAAAAGCAUCUCCAUCACCAACAUCGCAGGGCACUCGGACGACGCUCCUCUGAAAGCGCUGAAGAUUCUCUCUCAGUCCACCGACUCGCUCAAUAAGAUGGGGAAAGUGAACGAAUCCACCGAGUCGCUCACUGAUGAAGGCACGGAGCUGAUGGACGGUCACCUGAUGGCGGAGUUCGAGGCGGACGUGAAGGAGCUGGAAGCCGAUUCCUGGAGCUUCACUGUGGACAAAAAAUACCUGAAACAGCUGAAGAAAGACGUCAUCAAGAGGCAGGACGUCAUCUACGAGUUGAUCCAGACGGAGAUGCACCACGUGCGGACUCUGCGCAUCAUGGCUGACGUGUACAGUAAGGGUCUGCAGAAGGAGGUGCAGGUGGAGGUGCAGACGUUGGAGAAGAUGUUCCCUGUGCUGGAGGAGCUGCUGGAGCUGCACACACACUUCUUCACACACCUGCUGGAGAGACGGAGGGAGGCGCGAGAGGAGCAGCGGGCGAGCGACGGAGGGUUCGUCAUCCGCAGGAUCGGAGACGUGCUGCUGGAUCAGGUGACAGGCUCCAACGCUGACAAGAUAAAGAAAGUUUACGGGAAAUUCUGCAGCCGCCACAACGAGGCUGUGAACGUCUACAAAGAGCUACACACACGGGACAAACGCUUUCAGGCCUUCAUUAAGAAAAAGAUGAGCAGUGCGGUGGUGAGGAGGUUGAGUAUUCCUGAGUGUAUCCUGUUAGUCACGCAGCGCAUCACAAAAUACCCCGUCCUGCUACAGAGACUCCUGCAGCACACCCGAGAGCCGGAGGAGGAGCAGGCGGAUGUAGCCGAGGCUCUGCGGCAGAUGAAGGAGGUGCUAACGGGCGUAGACUCUAAAGUAAACGAGUACGAGAAGAGGAGGAGGCUGAAGGAGGUGUACAGCCGCACAGACAGCAAGUCCAUCAUGAGGAUGAAAAGCGGGCAGAUGUUCGCCAGAGAGGAUUUGAUCAGGGGGCGGAAACUUUUGCAUGACGGCCCGCUGCAGCUCAAAAAUGCAGCUGGGCGACUGAAAGAUGUGCAAGCUUUGCUGCUGUCCGAUGUGUUUGUGUUCCUGCAGGAAAAAGAUCAGAAAUACGUUUUCGCCUCAUUGGAUCAGCGCAGCACGGUGAUCUCGCUGCAGAAGCUGAUCGUGAGGGAGGUGGCGAACGAGGAACGCGGGCUGUUCUUCAUCACGGCGGGUAUCGAGAAGCCCGAGAUGGUGGAGGUUCACGCCAGCUCCAAAGACGAGAGGAACACAUGGAUGCAGCUCAUCCAGAACGCCACCACCUCCACAGAUAAAGACGAUGAUGAAGGAAUCCCGAGUGAAAACGAGGAAGACAAGAGACUACAAGAGAGCAAAGCUAAAGAGAUGAGAGAUCAACUGCAGAAGAAAGACGAGCAAAUCGUGACUCUGUUGGAAGAAAAAAUGCGUCUGUUCCGUGAGUUGUGCGACUGCACGAAUCAGGACGAAGCCUCUCUCCGUAACAGAAUGUUGUUCAGGGCGACGAGUGAUGAUGUCACGAAAGGAGAGCCAAUCAUCAAAGACGCUCUGAAGGAAGUUGAGACGUUACAGGAGCUGGUGAACAGCAGUAUAGUGGGACAGCAGGUGUGUGUGGGACAGGAAGACUCUAGUGUGUGUUCAGGGUCUGUGAGUUUACCGCGCAGAGCCGAGACGUUCGGGGGCUUCGACUGCCACCAGAUGAACAUCUCAAAGAAUGGAGACCGUGAGGAAGCAGAUGAUCUGCGGAGAACUGAGUCAGACAGCGUCCUGAAGAAGGGGGGCACCGCAAACCUGCUGCUCUUACACAAGAGGAACAGUGAGCAGCAGGUUCUCCAGAGCGUCACUCGUCUUCAUGACCUGCUGAACAGCUUACAGGCCGUGGUGGUCCAGCAGGACACCUUCAUCGAGGAGCAGCGUCAGGCCCUGAACUCACCGUCCCUCCGUCACCCCUCCAUCUCCUCCUCGUCCUCCAUCUCGUCCUCGUCGUCGUGUUCGUCUCGGCUGAGCUCUCUGAUGGAGCAGGAGAAGCAGCGUCAGGAGGAGAAGGUCCGGGAGGAGGAGAGGAGGAGGAGAGAGGAGGACGACAGGAAGAGGAGAGAGGAGGAGGAGGAGAGGAGGAGACGGGAGGAGGAGCUGGCGCUGAGGGAGGAGAGACUCGUCACCAUGGAGGAGGAGACGCAGAGGAGACACGAGACGCUGCAGCAGGAGCAGCAGGAGUUCAGCAGCAGGAAGGAGGAGUAUCAAAGAGAACUGCUGAAACUCCGGGACGACCAGAGGAGGCUGGAGAGAGAGAGAGAGCAGCUACACACACACACAGAGCAACACAACACAGAGCAGGACUCGGUGGAACAGAGACAGCGCACCUCCUCCACCGCCUCAGAAGACUCGCUGAAGUUCCUGAGCUCCUCCGAGGCACCUGAAGGUCUGGAGGUUUUCUCUCGCGCCGACUCCAAACGCAAAGCGAAGAACCUGAACCCGUUUUCAUCCGGCUCCGGACACAAGGGCGGCGCCGCCGAGCCACACGGCCAAAUCCCCAACCGCCUGCUGCAGCUCGCUAAACCCAGAGACAAGAAGGAGAAGAAAAAGAAGAAAGGAAAAGGAGGCCAACAGAGCCAGGCUACAGAAACCCUCGGUGCAGCGGCGCCUGAUCCCUCAGCGGACAAAGACGUCUUUUUAUGCUGACAUCACUCUUUUUUUUUUUUCUUCUUCCGCCUUCCCACAAUGCCGUGCGGCUCGGCUCGACCCUGCUCAGAGGCGGACAGGUCCGGCUUUUCAGCACCGGGGGAAAAGUUCUCUGCUCUUUGCUUCCUUUCCUUCACACACACUUUAUACUCACACAAACACACACACACACAAACACACACACACACCACACACUUGUACUUCUGCACCUGGGAAUUUCGGUGUGUGGGUUCUGGAGGCGAGCGUCAGCUCAGCGUUCAUCACACCACUGUGGGCACUUUUUUAUUUUUUAUUUUCUUUGUUUUAUUUAAAAACAUUUUCGAAGAAAGAGAAGAGAAUUUUUUCAGACUGCAGGAGACUCGAAGCCGCUGGAUUUUUUAAAAACAUUUUUUUGGAAGAUUUCUGGGAGAGAAACACGUUUUUACUGAAGGAUAUUCAACUAACAAAACUAAUAACAUUCUGCAGUGUGUCAGUUUCACGCAUGUAAUGGGGACGUGAGAAUUUCUAGAAAUUUCCAUCCACAUUUUGUCACUUUUUAAAAAAAUUGUUCUUGUCAUUGUUAUUAUUAUUAUUAUUAUUAUUAUUCUGUUGUCUUAAUUAUUUCUCCUGAUCACAAGAUAAAUCAUUUUAUUCUCAUGAGGUAACAUUCUCAAAAAUUCAGCCUUAUUAGACGCAAAUUGGUCUAAAAACAUAAAAACAUGACGACUUGAAUAAAAAAAAAAUUAAUUAUCGUCCGAUAACCAUACGCCAUCUAAUUUUUUUUUGUUAUGUUAGCUAGCUCUGUGUUGCGCAAAAGAGCUUGAUUCAUGGUGUGAUCUCGAGAAAAACAACGUAAAAUUUCCCUUUUGUCAUGUUUAAAAAAUUAAAAAAUUAGGUGAAGUCCACAAGUGACAAUCCAUCACCAAGCAUCGUGCUGAAUAACUAUACGCUUGGACAUUUCUCAAAAAUUUUAAAAAAUAAAAAUUAACUCGCGGCUUCUGUGAAAUAAAAUGGAUUAAAUUUUUUCAAUUUUUUUUUUAACAAUGAUUUAUUAGGGCUUUAAUCUAAAGACAUGCACGGAGAGAAAAAUGCUAUUGAUUUGGGUGGAGACAUUUUUAUUAAUAUUUUUUAAAAGAAUUACAAUGUGAUCGGGUGCCUUUAUGGAUGUUAUUUGAUUUUAUUUCUAUUUUAUUUUCUUGUAAUUUAACUCUCCCCUUUUUUUUCCUCGGUCAUGACUGAACAGCAGAAACGUUACACUGAAGAGACGUCACAGUAAAAGCGGCGAUUUCCGCUUCCGUAGUCAGUCCUCUGCGGAAUUUAUUUUAUUUUAUUCUUUUAUUUAGCACUUUAUAUUAAGUCAGAAAGAUCCGGCUUUAAUCUGAGACAAUCAGUUCGAUUAUUUUUUUUGUACCAUAUGAAUGUUAUGGAACCAAACAGAAAGCUAGAUUUGGUUUUGCAUGAACCCAAAAAAAUGAACGAGUUUGUAAAUGGAGAUGAUGAAUAUUUAAGAACUCCGAGCCGGGGAGUUGAGUUGAUCCGAUGUAACGACGGAUAAACGUUUGUUAGCGUCGUAAUGCGGAAUAUUCCGAGCAGGGAAUGUGAUGUGAUGAAUGGAGUCCUCGCCUGCAGGGACAGGCUCUUCUCUUAUUAACCUCAUAAAA